AUGUAUCAUUGGCAAUUAAACGAGAUCAAUCUUGUGGAGCGAUCGGGUAGUUUACAUAUUUAUUAUGCCAAUAAAACCUUCAAACAUUGGAAAAAACGAUGGCUUCAUUUACAAGAUCAACAGUUGACUAUAUAUCAAGAUUCACAUUAUAAACGUCUUGAAAAUAUAAUUAAUAUUAAAAAUUAUCGUGUAUCAAUUACAACUCCAAUUGAUUCAAUAUCACAUAAACGAUAUACUUUUAAAAUCUAUGAUCCAAAUUCAAUAAAUGAAAAACCAAUUUUCUUUUCAGCUGAUAAUAAACAAUUAAUGACACAAUGGAUUAAUGCUUUGCGUCUUUCAGCUUCAAUUGCUAACGAUCUUCUUGUCGAACCUAAUUUUGCUACUGAUUUGCAUCCAAUUGAUACAGACAAUGAAUCAAAUUAUAAUGGUUCGAUUAAUAUUAAUAAUUCAAGAUCACUAUAUAAAUCAUACAAACCAUUAAUGCCUAUUGCAACAACAACAACUUUAAAUGAUCAAAAUCGAUUUCUAAAUUCACAUGAAGAGGAGGAGGAUAUUGAAGAUACUCGUUGGUAUCGUCCACACUCAUCAUCACCAUCUUAUCCAUUGAAUGUUAGUAAUGGUGUUAUUCAUCAACCAUCGUCAACAACAAUGGGUUCAUGGGGCUUUGACGUUAAUCGUUCAACAAACGGACAGAUAUCGUCAUCAUUUACAUCAAACAAUAAUGAUCAUCGUACAAUUACGAGGACGCCAAGACGAUUAGAUGAACCGAUAGAAGAUUUUAACGAACAUCUUGUAAAUAAAUCAUCUCCUCCUCUUCAACGUUUUAAAUUACGUACACCUACAUUGACUAGACAUCGUAACGGAAACGAAUUUACUGUUGUUGAUCGUCUCGUUCUUGGACCAAGUCGUAUUGUACAAUCUGAUUAUUAUCCAUCUGAUGAAUCACCUGGUCAACAAUAUAUGCCACCAACAACUCGAUCUCGACAAUCAUCAACACGAUCAAUAUUACGUCGACGAUCAAAAUCUAUUGGUGAUUUUACAGCACCAACAAUUAAUACAUCGUCUUCUCCUUCUCUUCCUCCUCAUCAUCUUACACCAUCUUAUCAUCAAUAUCAAUACCAUGAACGACCUCGAACAAGUCCAAAUAAUCAUCAUCGAGUAUAUACAGAACAUGAAUUGAUGGCUUGGCAAAAUCGUAUGUUAGAAAGAGAUCAUCGUAUUGGAAAUAGUCUGAUAACUCGUCCACCUUCAUCGAAUACUGGAUGGGUUCAAUCACCGCGAAUGAAUAGUAAACGAGGCGGAUUCAAUACUUCUCAAUCACCAAAUCGUCAAAUGCCUGUAUCAAUUCGACCAAUAUCUGCUAUGUCAAAUAUGAGUGGUAGUCAACGUUUUGAACAUGAUCAUUAUGAACCAAUAAUGAAAUUAUCAAAAGUUAUUAAAAGAUAUAUUGAAUUACUUUAUCAUUUACAAACAUUUUAUGAAAGAAUUACAGAUCAAUUAUAUGGUGGAAAUAUAUUAUUAAGAAACAAUUCAUCAUCACAACAAUCGGUAUUUAUUCAUCAUUGUCGAAAAAUUGCUGAACAAUUACAACGUUCAAAACCAAUAUGGGAUCGAAAAAUUGUUAAUCUUCAACAUUUACUUAAAGAUAUUUCUUCUUAUGAACGGUCAAUAGUAAAAAGUGAGACGACAUUUUUACAACGUCGUCCAACUUUAAUUAAUUUAAUUCAAACAUUAAAUUCACGUAAAGAUCUUAGUGAUACUCAAUUAUCUAUUCUUAAUGAUAUUGAUCGUAUAUUACAUGAAGAUAAAUUAGCUGUUCAACUUCAAGAUGAAUUAUCUACAUUACUUCAACAUCAGUCAUUAUUACAUGAUUUUACAUCAUUACUUCAAUGGAAUCGUCAAAUAUAUUCUUCAAAUGAACAGAAUCGAGUAGAAAAUGUUCUACCAUUAUUACGUGAACAAAUAACUACAACUGAUGGUUAUGUAUCACAUGUUAGCCAACAAUUAACAGAAUUAGUAACAAAUUUACGUUCAUUAGAAAAAUAUAUAUUGUCUUAUAUGAAUACAAUUCCAUUAGUUGAUGAUGGAAUAGUAAUAUCAUCAAAUCGUAAUAAUUGGCGUCCAUAUAAUGAAACUGACAUUGAUACAAUGAAAACAAGAAAUCAAUUUGAACGAACAAAAGAUGAAUAUCAACGUUCAUCACGUUAUCAAUCACGUCCAUUAAGUAUGCAUACACCUACAAAUCAACAGUAUCAUAGAAGUACUAGUCCGAAUUAUCGUAAUCAUAAUUAUGUAAAUGAAAAUCCUGAAUGGCAUCGUCGAAGUCCAAGUCCAAUAAAAACAAGAUCUAUAUCAAUGACUCGUUAUACAGAUUCAUCAGAACCAGUUCGUGGUCCAUCAACAGAUAAUUUUGAUCGUGAUGAAUUACGAACAUCAACAAAGUGGUCAUCAAAUAGAAAUCAUAAUCAUUUAAAUACAAAUAAUAGUAAUAAUAAUACAACAACAACAACACGUAUUGCAACAGUUAAAUCUGUUAGACGUGAAAAUGGAGUUAUACCAAAUAGUAUCCUUAAACCAUAUCCACAUACACGUACAACGAUUGUAACAAAAAAAGAUUUUGAUAUUGAUACAAUUGAUAAAGAGAUAUUUAAACCAGAUAAAGUUGACAUACCUGAUCGAUUAAUUGAUUUUGAUAAUGACGAUCAAAUGUUAACAGCAAAUGAACGUUUAGCAAAAAUGAAGAAAAAAGAAGAAGUACGAAAAAUGCUUUCAAAACAAAGUAUGCCAGAUAUUAAUGAACAUGAUUUUAAUGAUGGGGAUGUUCAUUCAUCUUAUAAUCAACGACGACUAGAAAAAGAACGUGAAAAAGCUCUUAAUUUACAAUCAGCACUUGCUGAAGAAGCAAAAGAAAAAAGUCGUCAAGUUGCAGCAAAACAUUAUUUAAAUAAAUCAUAUCAACAACAAACAUCUCGUCGAAAUUCAUAG